UCAAAGAUUUGGGUUUGAGAACAAGUCCCAAAACAAAUGCUACAAAUACGACCACUUUUUCUAGUUAAUUUCGACCAAUUCGUUAAGCUCUUUAAAUCUUCCUCUUCUACAAUAUCUCUCAGGAGAAGUUGGAGUGUCCGAGCUUCGUUAUUCUCAUCAAACAUGGAGCCUCCGAUUGCGAAGAAAGUGAAGCAUGACAUGGAGAUGUUUGGCGACGUCAGAGUGGACAAUUACUACUGGCUCCGCGACGACUCUCGAUCAGAUCCGCAAGUUUUGGCUUAUCUGCGUGAGGAGAAUGCUUAUACCGACCAUCUCAUGUCUGGAACCAAACAAUUAGAAGAUCAAAUAUAUAAAGAGAUAAGAGGUCGUCUAAAAGAAGAUGAUAUAUCGGCGCCUUUACGUAGAGGACCUUACUAUUAUUACAAAAGGACCUUGGAGGGUAAAGAAUAUGCCCAACAUUGCCGCCGUCUUGUGGCUAAUAUUGGUGCAGAGGCAUCUGUUUACGACACCAUGCCAACUGGACCUGAUGCCCCUCCGGAGCAUGUCCUUCUUGAUGAAAACAUCAAAGCCCAGGAACAUGCCUUUUACAGCAUUGGUGCUUUCAAAGUGAGUCCGAACAAUAGAUUGGUAGCUUAUGCAGAAGACACUAAAGGAGAUGAAAUUUACACAAUUUAUGUUAUUGAUGCUGACUCUCAAACACCAGUUGGGGAGCAUUUGGUUGGAGUUACAUCAGACCUUGAAUGGGCAGGCGAUGAUGCUUUAGUUUAUACCACAAGAGAUGAGAUCCUACGGCCAGACAAGGUGUGGUUGCAUAAGCUUGGAACGAAACAAUCUACAGAUCUUUGUCUUUAUCAUGAAAAAGAUACUAUGUUUUCUCUGGAUCUUGAUGCUUCUGAGAGCAAGAAGUUUCUUUUUGUUAGCUCUGAGAGCAAAAUUACGAGAUUCAUCUUUUAUCUUGACAUAUCAAAGACUGAAGAUGGGCUAACUGUUUUGACGCCACGUUUGGAUGGAACAGACACUUGGGCAAGUCAUAGUGGAGAUCAUUUUUUUAUUAAGAGAAGAAGUGAUGAGUGUUUCAAUUCAGAAAUACUUGCUUGCCCACUGGAUAAGACAUCAGCCACCACGGUUGUUCUUCCUCAUAGGCCAAGUGUAAAUAUCCAGGAGAUGCAACUAUUCAAUGACCAUCUUGUGGUUUAUGAACGUGAGAAUGGUUUGCCCAAAAUAACAGUAUAUUGCCUUCCAGCUACUGGAGAGCCACUUGGCAGAUUGCAAGGGGGUAAAACUGUAGAUUUUGUUGAUGCUAUAUAUUCGGUGGAUCCAUCAGAGUCGCAAUUCUCUUCUAGUAUUUUAAGGUUUCGUUAUAGCUCAUUGAGGACACCUCCUUCUGUGUAUGAUUAUGAUAUGAACUCUGGGAUUUCAGUUGUCAAGAAGAUUGAUGUGGUUUUGGGAGGCUUUGAUUCUGCUAAUUUCAUAACAGAAAGGCAGUGGGCUACUGCUGCUGAUGGCACUCAGAUACCCAUUUCAAUUGUGUAUAGAAAAGAUCUAGUGAAGCUUGAUGGUUCGGAUGCAUUACUUCUUUAUGGUUAUGGUUCCUAUGAGGUGUGCAUAGAUCCAUAUUUCAAGGCAUCAAGGUUGUCUUUGUUAGACAGGGGUUUCAUUUUUGCAAUUGCGCACAUACGCGGAGGUGGUGAAAUGGGGAGACCAUGGUAUGAAAAUGGAAAACUGCUCAAGAAAAAAAAUACGUUUACAGAUUUUAUUGCUUGCGCUGAAUAUUUGGUAGAAAAGAAGUACUGUUCCAAAGAAAAACUUUGCAUUGAGGGGAGAAGUGCUGGUGGUUUGCUUAUCGGUGCUGUUAUCAACAUGCGGCCUGAUUUGUUUAAGGCCGCUGUGGCUGGAGUCCCUUUUGUUGAUGUUUUAACGACUAUGCUUGAUCCAACUAUUCCUCUUACAACUUCUGAAUGGGAGGAAUGGGGUGAUCCUCGUAAGGAAGAGUUUUACUUCUACAUGAAGUCAUAUUCCCCAGUGGAUAAUAUUGCAGCACAAAAUUAUCCAGCUAUUCUUGUAACUGCCGGCUUAAAUGAUACACGGGUUAUGUACUCAGAACCAGCUAAAUUUGUUGCAAAGUUGAGAGAUAUGAAGACUGAUGAUAACAUUCUGCUCUUCAAAUGUGAACUUGGUGCAGGGCAUUUUUCAAAGUCAGGAAGAUUCGAAAAGCUCCAGGAAGAUGCCUUCAUAUAUACAUUUAUCAUCAAGGCUUUAAACAUGGCUCCUGCCCUGUCUUAGAUGAAGAAACCAAAGUGUAGUUUGCAGAAUCAUGCAACACAGCAGAAGAGAUGAUACUACUGGGAGUUUCCUGCCACAUCUUAUCAUGUUACUUUCAUUUAUUUUUGCUAUUUAAUAUUUAGUGCAAGAACAUAGCUUUUAGCACUUGAAUAUACCUUUCAUUCCUAUAAUUCACACUACACUUGAGAAUCGAUUAUACGCCUCUCGCACAUGUUGGACACUGUAUUUGUGUAAAAAAUUAAAAAGAACAAAAAGGGACAUGGUUUGUCCGAUAUGGAUAAGGACACAACUUUUUUUUUCUUUAA